AUGACACGCGGCCGAUCUAAUUUUAAAAGAGAAAAAACUUCAGCAAUAAACGCGCUACGGAAAUCGGGAGACUCAAGUAGUAGUAAUAAUGGCAGUAGUAAUGGAAAAACUGGAGGCGCUUCAAAGUCUUCAGGAAAGACCGCUGCAGCCACAAGUGAUAGUUCAAGUGCCCCAACGAUCGUAGUUGUGAACGCCGGUGAACAGAGAGGACAUGCUACACCUCCAGAAAAUUCGGCACCUUUAUCACCUGCAAGCAAUCCGCACAAAUCUCAUUCAAAAGAAGAACCUCCUAAAAGGGAUCCUUUAAAUCGUUUGAAGGGAACACCAAAAGACGUUAUCCCUAUAAGCAAAGCACCACGCCGCCAAAGAUCUUCAAGGUUCCAUGUAACAGAGAAAGUUGAAUUGGAAAAAUUACCGAAUUUUAAUGAGGUCCCAUCGGACAAAAGACAAGACCUUUUUCUCAGAAAACUCAGUCAAUGUGCUGUAAUUUUCGAUUUUAAUGAUGCAAGCGCUGACCUCAAAGGAAAAGAGAUUAAGAGAACCAUACCUCCACAAGUAAAUCCUAUAGGUGACGCUUUCGAUCCCGAAGAGGAUGAACCCGUACUCGAACUUGCGUGGCCUCAUCUUCAAAUUGUUUACGAAUUUUUUCUUCGAUUUAUUGAAUCACCCGAUUUCAACACGAAUAUUGCCAAAAAAUAUAUCGAUCCACAAUUUAUAUUGCAAUUGUUGGAAUUAUUUGAUAGCGAAGACCCAAGAGAAAGAGAUUUUUUGAAAACAACAUUGCAUCGUAUUUAUGGAAAAUUCUUAAAUUUGCGCGCAUUUAUCCGAAGGUCUAUUAAUAAUGUGUUCUUCCAGUUCAUAUAUGAAACAGAACGUCAUAACGGUAUUGCUGAAUUAUUGGAAAUUCUUGGAAGUAUUAUCAAUGGUUUUGCAUUACCAUUGAAAGAAGAACACAAAACAUUUCUCACAAAAGUCUUGAUACCUUUGCAUAAAGUAAAGUCUUUAACGUUGUAUCACCCUCAAUUAGCAUAUUGUGUGGUACAAUUUCUGGAGAAAGAUCCAUCACUAACAGAAGAAGUUAUCUGUGGUUUGUUGAGAUACUGGCCAAAAGUGAAUAGUCCCAAAGAAGUUAUGUUUUUAAAUGAAAUCGAGGAAAUUUUGGACGUAAUAGAACCACAGGAAUUUGUAAAAAUUCAGGUUCCAUUGUUUCAGCAAAUCGCUCGAUGUGUAUCAAGUCCACACUUUCAGGUAGCGGAAAGGGCAUUGUAUUAUUGGAACAACGAAUACAUCGUCAAUCUGAUAGGCGAUAAUGUAACCGUUAUUUUGCCGGUUAUGUUUCCUUCUUUAUAUCAAAAUUCAAAAGCUCAUUGGAACCGUACAAUUCAUGGCUUAGUAUAUAACGCUUUAAAAUUGUUUAUGGAAAUCAAUCCAGCAUUAUUCGAUCAGUGUACGGCUCAAUAUAAACAGAGUCGUCAAUUGGAAAAGAAAAAGAUGCGGGAACGAGAGGAAACGUGGCACAGAUUGGAAAGAACCGCUGCACACAAUGCUCAAGGACUUCCGCUUCCUUAUACCAUUGGCGGACCUUUGACGUCUUCAAGAACUGACGUGUCAACCAUCCAAACUUUUGACACCGAAUUAGAGAAUCCAUCAAGUGGUGAAGAGUCAGGCGAAGAUGAACAUCAGGAAGUAGAGCAAGAUGAACAUGGAGAAUUGCAACGUUUUGAUGAUCGACCAGAUGGUUUUAAUUUAUUCCGUCGAAAAUCAAUUAUACCUGUUGAUGAAUCUGUGUUGUCUGAAUUAUCUAGGCAUCGUAGCUUGGAAGAGGUUCUUAAUGGCCCACCAGAUGCUUCAGGCAACCCAACAAAAAACCCUUAA